AUGCACUUCGCUACCGCACUCCUUGCCUUUAGCGCAUCAACUCUUCUGGUCGAAGCCACUCCGACCUUUGGUCAUGGCAAAGAUACUUGUGGUCACAAGUUAUUUUGGUGGAAGCAGAAGGGCUGCUGCUUGCCGUAUGGUGGGAUAUCGAAGCCUCCCAGUCCUCCUGCAGGUCAUAGUUGCAUGAAGAAGUGGUACUGGAGCUCUGAGAACAACUGCUGUGUGCCCGAGAAGCCUACGUCGCCGGAGCCAUCGUGCGGACGGAGCUUGAAGUGGAAUCCGGAAACUUACUCGUGUGUACCAAACGGUGGAGGAGAGAGCUGCAACAAUGGUGACUUCUGGUGGGAUAACAAGAAGUGCUGUCUGCCGCACGGAGGGGUCCCUGUGCCUCCGUCCCCGCCGAGCGGUUACCAAUGUCCCAACAAAUGGUACUGGAAUUCCGAUAAAGGGUGCUGCGUUCCAUCGGUUCCUGAUGUGCUGCUACACCAGCCUGCCCCGCCAAGUGUUCUUGGAAGCCCGAGUCUUACUACUGUGCUCCCGAUCCAGCUCCUGCUCCACCCACCCCAGCUCCGGAGCCUCCCAAGACAGGGCCAGACUCUUGUUCAAAGACAGAGUUCUGGUGGGAGACUAAGAAAUGCUGCUUGCCUAUUGGCGGUCCACACAGUCCCCCGUCGCCCCCGGAGGGGACCUACUGCCCAUCCAAUUGGUACUGGAGCUCUUCUCGUAGUUGCUGCGUUCCAAAGUCCAAGCCUUAUGACAACAAGCCGCCUUCGUGCCCUGUCACUUGCUCUUGGGUCGCUGAAGCCUCUUGGUGCAAACCGUUCCCUACUGGUCCUUCGUCGUGCUCCAACGGCGAAUUCUGGUGGGCAGAUCGCAAAUGCUGUGUGCCUCAUGGUGGUCCUAAGAGCCCGGCAAAGCCACCGUCUGGCAAGACGUGCCCAAGCGGGUGGAGCUGGGGAGAGUCACAGAAAUGCUGCGUCCCCAGUUUCCCGCCUUUACAGCAGCCAACUUGUGGACUGGGUAGACAGUGGAGCAUCACUUCGUUCUGCUGUCUCGCAUCGGGCUUGA